AUGGCUAUUACUAAAGCUGUUGCCGAAAGGAGAUGGCAACAAGUUCGCUUAUUAACUGAACUAUUCUAUGAUGUUAAUUCAAGAGAUCAUCGCGGAUAUACACCAUUAAUACAGACUAUUUACAUUGAUAAUGAGCGUAAAGCGAUUGGUGUGGCUAAAUAUUUGUUAAAUCACGGCGCUAAAGUUGGUAUCACAGACAAGCAAGGUUUAAAUGCAUUAAUGCAUGCCUGUAAGGAAGAUCGCGAACGUUUAGCUUUACUCUUUCUAAGUGAGAGAGAUUUUGAUUUAAAUCAUAGCGAUCAUGAUGGAAAUACUGCCUUAAUUUAUACCGCUAUUACAGGAAAUAUUAUUAUAUUAAAUAAAUUGCUAGCCGAGAUGAAAAAGUACAAAUUAACUACGGAUAAAGCCAAUCGUGAUGGUAUUACUGCUUUAAUUGCAGCUGCACAACAUGGCAAUAUUUUAUGUACUAGAAUAUUAAUUUCUAUUGGUCGCGCUUCUGUUGGUAUUCGCGAUAAUAAAUAUCAUCGGACCGCUAAAGAAUGGGAAACCACUCGUACUAGUCGUGAUUUAGCAUCUAAAUCGCCCUUAUUUCAACUUAUUGCUGCUUCCAGUAAUAAUUCAUCAUUAACUAGUUCAUUAUCUAGCUCGCGAUCGCAAAGUAUAUCUACUCCAGUGGUAUCCACUCCACGUCGUCGGCCAAGAUCGGCCGUGACUAAUUAUCAACAAUCUCGAUCUGUAACCAAAAGCCGUCCAAAUGAAAUCAUUACAAGCAAAAAACAACCUCGAGCUGUCUCUGCGGGUCCAUAUCGGCGCCCAUUAACUCAACCAUUAAUGAGUAAACGUAAUGCAUCUGUGGAAAUUUUACCAUUACGUCAAUAUUCGACAUUAAGUAACGAUGAUGGGCAAAAUCAAGCAGUCUUAACACCACUAAACAAAUUGAUGCUAAUUUAUCAAGCUCAAUAUGCACCGUCGUAUAAGGCUGGGGUUAAAUCCGUUAAUGAUGAUAAAUGUUCUGGUCGUAGUUUAUCGCCAGCCAGUACCAUUGAUCGUGAAAAUAGUGAAACAAGUGAACUUGGCCACAGUAUAUCAUCGAUUGCAAAGCGUAGGAUGAGUUUAAGUCGUCUAGUUGGAUUAACUCGAUCAAGGCGUGAUAGUACAGCUUCCAAUAGUAGCACCAGCUCAUUUAGUAAAUUAGCCAAGAAAGCCUUGGCAAUAACCAGAUCGGAAAUAAGUAAUAAAAUUACCGGCAAUAGCCACGAUGAAAGUGAUCAUGAUCGUAAGAGUGAAAAUCGUGAUGAUGUUCGAUUGUCACGAUUUCGAUCUUAUUCUGAUAUUCGUUAUGAUCAGGAAAAAAGUGAAGACGACAAAGCAAGAAUUCGAUCAAAAUUCAUGGUUAAAUUUCAAUUAUCGCAGCGUAAAGGUGGCGAUUCUAAUGAUCAAGAAAACGAUCAGGAGAAUUUCUUUCCUUCCAAUAAAUUGCCAACACCAAUGGAGAGUUCACAUCAACGCAUCUUGGCAGCAACAAAGUUAGUUUCACUCUAUAAAGAGACUAAAAAUAAGACCGCACAAGAUAGAAAAAAUGCUGAAAAAGACCAAGUAUCUAAAGAACAACAUGAUGAUAUUCAUACUCCCUUAGCACAGGACGAUACACCUUCCAACGAAUCGAAACAUUUUUCUCCUCCCUCAUCUUCUCCUACUCUUUCUACUGCUGACCAUCUAAACCAAGUCGAGGAUGAUACUAAUAUCGAUAACCAUAAUGCUGAAGAAGAGAAUACUAUAGACGAUGAGAAUUGUGACGAAAAUGAUGCCGAUCUCUUAAAUAAUCGUCCACAAUUUACAUAUGAUACCAUUGGAGCGAUCAAUAAAUUUAGUAAACAAUUUAAAAUUAUAAAAGAUCAAUCUAAAAUAAGAUUUCCUACCGUGAUAGAAGCUGAUGAAGAGUAG